GUGCAGCGCCCGCGGCGGCGCUCCCGGCACGGCCCGGGAUGGGCUCCGCGCACUCCGUGCCCGCCGAGAUGCGGGAGCUGGCGGACAGGACGGGCUUCACCUCUGAGCAGAUCGAGCACCUGCACCGGCGCUUCAAGCAGCUGAGCCAGGACCAGCUGACGAUCCGCAAGGAGAACUUUGACAGCAUCCCCGACCUGGAGUUCAACCCCAUCAGAGGGAAAAUCGUCCACGCCUUUUUUGACAAGCGGAACCUGCGGCAGGAGUCGGACGGGCUGGCAGAGGAGAUCAACUUCGAGGACUUCCUGACCAUCAUGUCCUACUUCAGACCCAUCGAGAUGAACAUGGACGAGGAGCAGCUCGACCGCUUCCGCAAGGAGAAGCUGAAAUUCCUGUUCCACAUGUACGACUCGGACCACGACGGGAAGAUCACGCUGCAGGAGUACAGAAAUGUGGUGGAGGAGCUGCUGUCAGGGAACCCCCACCUGGAGAAGGAGUCGGCUCGGUCCAUCGCCGACGGGGCCAUGAUGGAGGCAGCCAGCAUCUGUGUGGGACAAAUGGGCCCGGACCAGGUGUACGAGGGCAUCACCUUCGAGGACUUCCUGAAGAUGUGGCAGGGCAUCGACAUCGAGACCAAGAUGCACGUCCGCUUCCUCAACGUGGACACCAUCGCCCACUGCUACUGAGAGGGACAGCAGGAGGAGGAGGAAGAGGAGGAGGAGGAUGAGGAAGAGCAGGACCCAGCAGCAGCUCCAUGUCCUGGCACUCAGCUCCCAGCUCCGUGGCUCUGCCCCACCCGUGUGCCUGUUCCAGGCUGGGGCUGCCCUCUAGAAACAUUAGAGGCUUUUAUCUGUAAUAAAAGAUAUUUCUCUUUUUA